CUUCGAUUUGAUUGAAAAUCCUUUUUUCGGCUCCGUUGAUCCUGGAAAGCUUGAAAUAACAAUGUCCGAGCCGGGAAGCGUGGGCUACAACAUAACGAAGGACCCGGCCUUGGCCAAGAGCCGGAUCUUUCUGGGCAACCUGCCGAUUUGCACGCGCGAGGAGUUGGUGAGCAUUUGCCAGCCGUACGGCAAGGUGCUCGGCUCGAUGGUCCAGAAGAACUACGGAUUCGUGCAGUUCGAAAGCGAGGAGGUGGCCAACAAGGCGGCCUCCGCGCUGCACAAGUCCACCUUCAAGCAGAACGUGCUCACCGUGCGCAACGCCAGCAUAAAAUCGAAGGCGGCGAAUGCAAAUGCCAAAAGAAAUCCCAACCAGGGCGCCCAGGUGACGGUUCAGGGCGGGAUUGUGAUGUCCGCGGCGGCGGCGGCUGCUGGUCAGCCGCUGAUCAACGAUUGCGAGAUUAUAGUCAAGAAUCGGGAGAAUACCAAAUACGCCGAGUACAUUGAGGAGCGACUGAAGAACGCCAGUUUGCGGGUGGAUGUCCUGUUUCCCAACGAGGACGUCAUGCUGGGCAAGGUCCUGGCCAACAUCUCAUCGCGUGGCUGCCUGUAUGCGGUCCUAGUAACUCCCCAGCACGAGGAGCACAACAGCAUCACCGUGAACAUCCUGUACGGAGUGCCCGCCGAGCAUCGCAACAUGCCACUGGAGGAUGCCAUCACCCUGAUUGCCACAGAUUUCAGACUAAAGAAGCAACGCGAUGCAGUUGCCCCGCCGGUGGUGACCACGAUUCACAAGGGACAGCGAAGGCAUCCCGAUCAAAUGCAGGAGCUGCUCGAGAGGCUGGCCGACAAUCAUCCCUUGACCGCCUCGCAGUACGAGGUGAUCUUGAAGUAUCUCGAGGGGCAGCGCGAGGAGCAACUGAAGCGGGAGGUGGGCGAGGCCAACGCACUGGCCAAGCUGAAGGCUCCCGAUCCAGAGAUCGAGCUGCAGAAGAAGAUACUGAGCAUCAUGAACAAGCCGGCGGUGACCGAAAUCACCAACGAGCUCUUGUAUCCCACUUUCGAGGCGGUCAAGGCGGACAAAAGGCUGAUGGAGCUGCUGGGCGACGAACGCGUCAUGGCGGCCUUGAAAAGUGUUUACAAUUCGGAUGUUAAGCAAACUAUAGCAGAGUUCUUGUAGAUUAUCGGUAAUUAGAGGGUUUUACGCCCACGAUCAUAGCUUUGUGUCGCCUGAAUUUGACGCAGAGAGUAUUUAUACAUACUUUAGUAAUUAUAGAUGACAGUGAAGCCAAAUUACUGCAGAUUCCAGACACUUAAUAAAUUUACUACUUAUUCAUUAA